UUGCAGCUACAGGCCUGCGGGCGAGUUCACAUCUUGGCAUCCUGCUCAAGUCGCAUGUGCGCAAUAAGUUCAGUUGCGAACAGUUUUCUUCAAAAUCAGCAAUGCUUAAAAUUAACUCGACGUUCGGCCUCCACAGAAGUAGCGCAAUUGGCCAGUGCUGGCGGCUUGGUGGGGUUCUGGCAAACCCUCUCCAACAGCACGCCUGUGGCCUACAUGCAGGACGCAGUCACACAAAUACACGAUUAUAGCGGCCUCCCCUGGUGGGCAUCAAUUGUACUCUCGACGUUUAUUUUUCGCAGUGCUGUUACACUGCCUUUGACCAUUUACCAGCAUAAGAUUACAGCACGCUUGGAAAAGAUAACUAUGGAGAUGCCAGCCAUAGUCGAGGAGUUGAAACGAGAGGCAGCCAUUGCCAAGCAGAAGUUCAAAUGGAGCGAGAAGCAUACUCAAAUUAUCUUCAGACGAUCGAUAAAAAAACAAUGGCAAAAACUUAUUGUGCGGGACAAUUGUCAUCCAAUGAAGACGAUCAUCGUGCUUUGGGGCCAAAUGCCGCUGUGGAUCUUUCAGUCAGUUGCUUUGCGUAAUUUAGUGUAUAUGUUGCCGGAUCCCACCACGCUUAAGGCUCAAAUUAUAGCCACAGAACUGACAAUAGGUGGAUUUGGCUGGAUUCCAAAUCUCACCGUAGUGGAUAGCUCAUAUAUACUGCCAGUUGCAUUAGGCCUUAUCAAUUUGGGCAUUAUUGAGCUGCAAUCUAUGUCACGGGCGCGUAAACCCACACGCCUCCAGAACAAUGCCACGAACGUGUUUCGUGUCCUGAGUAUUGUGAUGGUGCCGGUGGCUUGUACCGUACCAUCGGCGCUUUGCGUCUACUGGGUGGCCUCCAGCAGCUUUGGUCUAGCGCAGAAUCUAUUACUGCUCUCGCCGGAAGUUCGACGCGCUGUCGGUAUACCAAAAACUGAAACGGAACUGCAGCAACCAUAUGCGCAGAUUUGGCAUAAAAUUCAAGAGCGAGCCUACAUUGCAGAAGUUCCUGCCAAGCCAUCAGAUAAGACAGCAGCCAAGUGAGCCUCAUUAUUACAAAACGGAGUAGCUAAUCUAAUUUGUUUAGGUUCAAGUUUACUUAACUGUUAUUUUACUUUGUUGACUGUUAUGUAAACAUAUUUUAAGCGUUACAAAGUCCACACGGAUGCGCCACUGUAAAUCAUCUUGCUAUGACUACUUAGUAAUAAAUGUGAGAAAAC